CCGAACCCCCAACGAACGGCCCCAAUGGUUGGAAGAAGCAGAGCUCCUCCGAGCUCUUAAAACAUCAUUGUCUUCGCGAUAAAAUCAGCCAGAGAUUCAGUGUGCUCUGACGGCUCGACUCGAUUAGACAACACAUCAAAGUUUAGCACCAUGGCCGAUGAGAAGAAGAAGGUUAAGAAGAAGAAGACCAAGGAAGAGGGUGGUACUUCCGAAACCGCUUCUGAGGCCGCAUCCGAGGCAGCAACCCCGGCACCAGCUGCCACUCCUGCCCCGGCCGCAUCUGCCACUGGUUCGAAGAGAGCGUCGGGCGGAUCCCGCGGCUCCAAGAAGUCGAAGCGCGCUGGCUCUUCGGUCUUCUCUGUGUUCUCCCAGAAGCAGAUCGCCGAGUUCAAGGAGGCCUUCCAACUAAUGGAUGCCGACAAGGACGGUAUUAUUGGCAAGAACGAUCUGCGCGCUGCCUUCGACUCCGUCGGCAAGAUCGCCAACGACAAGGAGUUGGACGCCAUGCUGGGCGAGGCCUCGGGUCCGAUCAACUUCACCCAGUUGCUGACCCUGUUCGCCAACCGCAUGGCCACCUCCGGUGCCAACGAUGAAGACGAUGUUGUUAUUGCUGCCUUCAAAACAUUCGAUAACGAUGGUCUCAUCGACGGUGACAAAUUCCGCGAAAUGCUCAUGAACUUCGGUGACAAGUUCACCAUGAAGGAGGUCGAUGAUGCCUACGAUCAGAUGGUGAUCGACGACAAGAACCAGAUCGAUACCGCCUCCCUGAUCGAGAUGCUCACCGGCAAGGGUGAAGAGGAGGAGGAGGAGGCCGCCUAAGGCAACCACCGAUCACAUCCUAACUUCUAACUCAGCAUCCAUACAGCCAGAAUCAGAACGUUAAAAAUCAAUCAGUCAAAUCAGUAAUAAUAAACGUAAUUAAAAGAAACGCUCGUUUACAUAUGUAGAUUCUCAGUAUCUUGUAAUCUCUUUUUUGUUAACCAUCACCAAGAACCAAGUACCAAAAACAACACCACCAACAAAGAUCAACAACACCCGAUCAGAACUGAAAAUGAACUUCUUCAGCAACACUUUGGUAGCGAUCAGAACCAUUUACCAUGUAUCUGUCCAUCAUAGUUAGGGAUACUUACGAUCACGUUCACUGUCACGGCAAGAACUGACGCGUUAGUUUUCUAGUUGAUUUACUGUUAAAUUUUACACGUAAAAUUUAUAAAACAAAUGCUAUCUAUUUUAUUUAAAACACCUAUAAAAUCAACAAAAAAACUUAAAAACAACAA